GCUCGCGGACAGAAAACAGCUUUGAGCGGCUUUGCCUUUAUAUUCCCACGGCUGGCCGUUUUUUCGCUUAAUAAACAGAGGGCUCGUAAGUACGUGCGUUUGCGUCCGUGCAGCGUUUAACGUUAAUGCCGCAGGCAGCUUCCGUUGCAGUUGCGUUUGUGAGUUAACCUCGGGGAGAAAGUCCGACUUUGUUGCGUUUUUACGAUAACGCGAUACAAAACGUGUACAUAUCAGUAAAAACUGGCACAGAUCGACAUGUUUUUAUUUUUUUACCUGUUCAAAAUGCAUGCACACUUUUGGACAUUGACUGUUACAUGAUGCACGAUUUAUGCAGUGUUAGUUACUAAGUGUUAGGCCAUGGAUGUGUGUGUGUGUGUGUGUGAGAGUGAGUGCGUGCGUGUGUGUGUGUGCGCGUGCGUGUGUGCAUUUAAACAAGUAAUGCAGAAGGUUAGGUUGAUAUGUCUUAACGUGUUUGUGUGUGAUCUCGCCCUCCUCACUUGUUUUGACGUUAAGAACAGCCAAUUAUCUCCACGCGCUUAUUAAAAUUAAUGAAGUGUGUGUUUUAGCACAAUAAUGAAACGUAACCACAAUUCCGUGAGCCUCAAAUGGGAUCAAGCAUGAAGGCAAGUGGAGAAGCGAUUGUAAUUAGCCCAUAUUAACAUUAUAAGAGAGUAGUGUUUCUGGCCCAGCGGCCGUCCUGCUUCUACUUGAUUACUUGGUGUUCAGAUGGAGCUGAAGAACGCUUGAAGGAAGUUUCUCUGUCAAACCGGCUAAUAAAACAACAACGCACUAAAAACCUGUAGGAAAGUAGGCCAUCGCCGCUUCGUAAACACUAGGUGCCAGAGAAGUAUGUCAUAAAAAUCCCUAACUGACAGCAUUUGUGCGUUUGCGAGGUCAAGAGUGUAAUAUAAUGUCUUGUGUGAACUGAUUUAUCAGAUCUGAGUUCCUCUAUGGACCUGUUUUGGUUCUGCAGGCAUGGAUUAAAAAGUUCAGGACUGUUAGUUAGAAACUCACUGAUUCUUCAGAUGUGAGACGCAAAUUUAUGGGCAGCUUGUUACAAAAGGUCGCACUGAUUAACUAACAGCGAGCAACACGUUUGUUACAGUAUUUAUUACUUUUUGUUAAUGUUAAUGAAUUCAAAUGAGACCGUUUAGUGUUAGUUCAUGUUACCUCCGCUCCAUAUUAUCAACGGAUACAAUUUUAAUUGUUGUAAAUCUUGAAAUUAACUUUUAAGAUUAAGCAUGGCGUCAGUGCUGUCACAGCUCACGGGUCAGUUGAUGGAUGUUCAGGGUCUCCUGAUAUUUCUGUGUGUUCUGCUGCUGGUGAAACACACGCGAGAUGUUCUCACGAACAACAUGCCUCCAGGACCCUUCCCUCUUCCUCUGCUUGGAAACUUCAUAAAUAUAGGUUUUAGAGAUCCGCUUGGUGCCUUUCAGAGGAUUGCAGAGAGGUAUGGAGAUGUGAGCACUCUGUAUCUGGGAAACAAGCCUUGCAUACUGCUGACUGGAUACGAGAGUUUCAAAGAGGCGUUUGUGGAGCAGGCGGACAUCUUCACAGACCGGCCGUACUUCCCUUUAGUUGACAAGCUCGGUAAAGGGAAAGGUCUGGUUAUGUCCAGCGGACACAUGUGGCGUCAGCAGAGGCGUUUUGCUCUGGCGACUCUCAAAUAUUUCGGUGUGGGGAAGAAGACUCUAGAAAACUACAUCUUGCAGGAGUGUAGCUUUCUCUGUGAUUCUAUACAGACUGAACGAGGUUUGCCCUUCAACCCUCAGCAUUUUGUGAUGGAUGCUGUGUCUAAUAUAAUCUGUGGGUUGGUGUUUGGUCACAGGUUUGAGUAUGAUGACCGUAAUUUUCAUCUGAUGCAGAAGUAUGUAGAUGAAUUCUUACAGCUUCCCAUCUCGAACUGGGGUCGGUUAUAUAAUCAGUAUCCCACCCUCAUGUCCAUGCUGCCAGGAAAACACCACACGGCAUUCGCCAGCAUGUCUAAACUGAAGCCCUUCCUGCAGGAGGAAAUCAGAAAACACAAGGAGGACAGAGACCCAGCCAACCCCAGAGACUACAUCGACUGUUAUCUGGAAGAGAUUGAAAAGUGUAAGGACAGUGAAGCGGAAUUCACCGAGGACAAUCUGAUGCACUGUGUGGUGGAUCUGUUUGGAGCAGGAACAGAAACCACCUCUAACACGCUCAGAUGGGCCUUACUCUUCAUGAUCAAGUAUCCAGAAGUACAAGAGAAAGUCCAGUUUGAGAUCGAUCAGGUGAUUGGACAGACGCGCCAGCCACUGAUGGAUGACCGGACAAAUCUGCCGUACACCUACGCCGUGAUCCAUGAAAUCCAGAGGUUCGCCAACAUUAUUACCUUCACGCCUCCCAGGAUGGCCAACAAGGACACGACAGUGGGAGGACGUCUCAUCCCGAAGGGUGUGGUGGUGAUGCCGUUGCUGAAGUCAAUCCUACGGGAUGAGAGAGAGUACAGCACUCCGCGCGAAUUCAAUCCUGCUCACUUUCUGGAUGAAAAAGGCAAAUUUUUGAAGAACGACCGUUUCAUCCCAUUCUCAAUAGGUAAGAGGAUGUGUCCGGGUGAGCAGCUCGCUCGAAUGGAGCUCUUCCUGUUCUUCACGUCUCUGAUGCAGCGUUUCACCUUCCUGCCUCUUAAGGGACAAAUGUUGAGUCUGAAAGGAAGUUUGAGCGUCUCGUCUGGUCCCGAACCCUUCCAGAUACGUGCUGUGCCUCGAUAGUUUCGAUUUUAAUCACUCACAAAUCAGCUCCGCUCCAGAAUCGUGUUCAAGCAACAGUGUUCAUUAUAUGGGAUCUUCUCCCGCAGGAAUCCACAGCUACAGCUCACGAACGUUAAUUACUGACGGGAUGUAAUGUGUUUUAGAAAGGAAAUUGAUCUGAUUUUUAAUACUGCUAAUACCAUUGCAUAUACUGUCUGGUUAUCAAAUUCGGGGUCAGUUUUACUAACAGCUUGCGCCAGCACAAACUGUCAGGUUUUAUUAAAGACGCGCAGUGAAGAAUUAGCGAUAAAAACGUUUAUUUUUGUGCUUGAUUGAAUACGCAUUUCUGGGGGUUUUCCAUUCAGACGGAAAAAUGGAGAGCAUUAAAAUAAAUCACUUAAUGAGAUUUGCUAAGGUUUGUCAAAUUAAGGGUAUUUGGGCCAUUGAACGCCCCAAAAAAAGAACACAUCCGAACAUAUUCUUCGCCAAAAUGAAGAACCCUCAAUACACAAUACCAGACUUCGUCCUCCGUUAUUUUCUUUCUUUAUUUGCAAUUAUGCUCAUUUGCACUGCACUCGGUAUAUUGCGUUGGUCAGUACGUGAAUGAGAUGUUGUAUCCGUGUACUUUAAUUUGCGCAUUAUUAAAUCGCCCGCAGACAUUAGACAUUGGGGUAGUGCUGAAAAGGCUCGGCCAUAGUUAUUUUUGUGCCUGACUUUAUUGAAUAAGCAUUUCUAGGAGUUUCCCUUUAUGACACAAAAGUUAUGGGAGGAGUCACGCAACGAGUUUUACUAACUUUGGCUCUCAUCGAAUUGCUGGGAUUUGGGGCAUUAGAAAACGCCCGACCUUAAACUAUUUCGUGCUUACAGUCUGCAAUUAUUGUAGGACGAGGCGCUGCAGAGAACAGUGUGUGUGUGUGUGUGUGUGUGUGUGUGUGUGUGUGUGUGGUAGAAGGGGAUGGGAUUUUUUCCACUUAUUUGGAAUGCAAGAAGAAGAGAUUAUCCGAACAUAUCGCUUGCCAGGCCAUCUUAUAUUUAAAUUUUCGUCAAGAAAUACAUAAAUGAACCCCCAACUAGGAGUCUUGCAAUACCGACUCUAUCAAAACUUCUUUUUUGGCCUUUUUUGGCCUCUGGUUAUUUUUACCGUACUGUGGCGUAUGCUAAUUUGCGCUGCACAGUGCACUGCGUUGGUCGAUAUGCAAAUUAGAUGUUGCGUCUGCAUUCUUUAAUUUGCUCGUGGUUUGUAAAUCACCCACAGAAAUUUACAAGCCCAUCAGUUUUGGAAUUGCACUCUCACACUAAUUUGCUCUGUUUAGUAAAACUGGCCCUUACAACAAUAAAUACAGUAAUAUUGUUAGUAAAAACAGUAAUAUUGUAAAAUCUUAUUACAAUUUUGAAUAACUGUUUUCUGUUUCAGUAUAUUUCUUAAGUUUAAUUGGAAUAAACUGUGAUCCAAACUA